UGCCUAACGUCACGUGGUUUGACUCAGUGAAAAUGGCGGAUGGAGAUCCGGACAGAGAAGUUCAAAACAACGCUGUCAAAGACCAAAAUGCAGACACGACAGCAGUUGAUCACGACAGCCUGGCAAGCGAAACAGAUGGAGAACGCAAGGAUAAAGCUGCUGAUAAUUCGUGGUCGGCGCCCAUUUUGUCGUUUGCCCGAAAAGCGUCCGAAACUAUCAGCAGCGCGGGUUUGAGGAACCCCUUAUCCGGGUCUGAGGCUCCAAAUCCGGACAGCUCUGACUCCAUAAAACCGGCUAUGAAAGAUCCAAUGACCAUUGAGAGGUCCAAUCUGUUAUCCAUGAUGAAGCUCAGUAUAAAAGUUCUGAUCCAGUCCUCACUCAGCCUGGGUCGGACGCUCGACUCAGAGUUUCCUCCUCUGCAGCAGUUUUUUAUUGUUCUGGAACACUGCCUUAAACACGGCCUGAAAGUGAGGAAGUCCUUCAUUGGGCAGAAUAAAUCGAUCUGGGCUCCUCUGGAACUGGUGGAGAAGCUGUGCCCCGAGUCAGCCGACCUCGCCACGAGUGUACGAGACAUGCCUGGACUCAAGACGGGACUGGGCCGAGCUCGGGCCUGGCUGCAUUUGGCUCUCAUGCAGAAGAAAGUGGCGGAUUACAUGAAAGUCCUUAUAAGCAGGAAAGACCUUCUGGGGGAGUUUUAUGAGCCAGGAGCUUUGGUAAUGGAGGAAGAAGGCUUGGUGAUUGUGGGGAUGCUGGUGGGGCUGAACAUCAUCGAUGCCAACCUCUGUGUGAAAGGGGAAGACCUGGAUUCUCAGGUGGGUGUCAUAGAUUUCUCGCUGUACCUAAAGGACCCUCAGACAACCGAGAACCCACAAGAUGACUCUAAAAUGACUGCGAUUCUGGACCAGAAGCAUUACAUCGAAGAACUGAACCGCAACCUGAGCGGCACAGUGACGGACCUUCAGUCCAAGAUGGACUCGCUGGAGAAAACCAACUCUAAACUCAUAGAGGAGCUCUCAGCAGCUACGGACCGGAUCAAUUCCCUGAGGGAGGAGCAGGAGCAGCUCCGGCAGGAGAACGCCACCAUCCUCGAGACCAGCCAGAGGAAAGAAGAGGUGACGCUGCAGGACAGCCAGGUGGAGCUGGAGACCUACAAGCAGACGAGGCAAGGUCUGGAUGAAAUGUACCACAUGGUGUGGAAACAGUACAAGGAGGAGAAGCGCAUUCGACAGGAGCUGCAGAAGGAGCUGGAUCUGCAGGUGGGUCUGAAGCAGGAGAUGGAAGUGGCCAUGAAGCUGCUCGAGAAGGACAUUCAUGAGAAACACGACACGCUGGCGGCUCUGCGCCAACAACUGGACCAGGUCAAAACUCUCAACCUGCAGAUGUUCAACAAGACACAGGACGCUGACGGCGUGGUGCAGAGGAAAGAAGAGGAAGCUGUGAGACUGGAGGAGAAGAUGCAAGAGAUGGAAAGAACGAUGAAAGAGCUGGAACUGAGGUUACAGAACUCUGAGAACGGAAGGAAGAGCACGGAGGAGAGUCAGAAAGAGAUGUGCUCAGAAAUGAAAGGGAGAGUGGACGCGCUGCAGAAACGCCUCAGUGACCUCGACACGCUGAGGGUUGGGCUGGAGGCGGAGCUAAGCAGGGAGAAGGAGCAGAGGCAGAGUUUGCAGAGAGAUCUGCAGCGCGAGCAGGACAACAGUGCAGAACUACGUACACAGCUGCAACAGCUGCAAGGCCUUCAGACGGAAAUGCUGGACUUGCGGCAUGAGAAGAAACAGCUGCAGCAGCUGUGUGAGGAGCAGGAGCAGGCGCUGCAGGAGAUGGGCCUUCACCUCAGCCAGUCCAAACUGAAAAUGGAGGACUUUAAAGAAGUCAAUAAAGCAUUAAAGGGUCAAGCCUGGCUGAAAGACGAUGAAGCCACGCAGUGUAAGCAGUGCCAGAAGGAAUUCUCCAUCUCUCGCAGAAAACACCACUGUAGGAACUGUGGAGACAUUUACUGCAACAGCUGUUCCAGUAACGAGCUGGCGCUGCCAUCGUACCCCAGGCCUGUGCGCGUCUGCGACAUCUGUCACUCCCUCCUGCUUCAGAGAAGCUCCAGCGGCUCCUGACGCUCCUCGUCGUGCCCGAAACUAACAGCCUUGACCAACCACAGGCUGACAUCUCCACAUUAAUUACAUUAAUAAAUACACGUUGCUGUUUUUAAGGGGCUUCUGUUUGUCUGAAACCUUUUUAACCAGCAUGUGAUGGUCAUUGAAGAAUUAUAUGCAAAGUCGUUUUUGUAAUUUCUUCUACAGGGAGAACGUGAUCUUUUUUUUUUAAGAGGACUAAUACAGUAAUGCAUAAUGAUACUAAUAGUAAUGAACGAUUUGUAUUUUUCUCUCUUGCUGAUAAUCUCCAUUUUAGGGAGAAAAACGAACAGAUUUAUUCAUCGAUAAUUCGUACGAGCGUUAAUAGAAAUUAUUAUUACGAAACGCUAUUCGUGAAAAUCCUGUAAAUUCAGUACAACGUUCGUAUUGUCGCUACCCGUGCUCCUGAGCACGUGUAAAUUUACACACAUGACGAUUUACUAAACCUCGUCCUGAUCGACUUCACGUCACAUCAUCUGCAUGGAUUACUGCACUUUUAUAUCUGGAGUUUAACAUGCUCAUUUUUAUAGACGCCCGUAUCCAGAGCGACUUACAGAAGAGCUUUGGAGUCUCGUUCGAAAACACGUCAUCCUGCUAGUUCACUACGCUAGGACAGGGACUAAGAGCGUCAUCGAGUACAUUUCGUGAACUACUUGACGUUUAUAUUAUUGGCGUUAUUAAAGAAUGUUAAAAAAGAAAGCGAGCCAACACACACGCCUACGUUAAGACGGAUAAAAACAAAUCGGUCGAUUACGUGAAACGGUGGUGUGUAAACCGAGGACGUGCUGGUCUGUAAACAAAAUAAACAAACGCCUCGAACCGACGGAAGAUUUAUCACUCGCUUAUUAGUAAAUAUUCUUAGAUAUUCGUAUCGGCGUAGAAGCGAAUCAAAAUAACUUCCUCUUCUGUCUUUCAGCCUUUACCCUGAUUGUUCGUUUCCUGCGCAGAGCUGUCUGUAGACUUUACCGUAUAUGGAGUUAUGUGGGCGUCACUAUAUGCAAAUGAGCCUUGUCGGGAACACUUUGCACUUUACAGGUGAUUGACAUCAGUACACGAGUGCAACAAAAAUCUGCGUUUCUGAACGUUUCCUGCGUUUUACACACAGCCUUACUAGAAAGAUUGAACAAUGGUCAAUACCAUAUUUUCUGGAUCAUAAGAGCCAAUUUAUACCUUUUAGAAAGUGCUGCAGUGAUAUACAUGUUAUCUUUGCUCUGAUCAGACUAAAUCUAAUCUCAGACUUUUCUGUGCACUACGCAAUGCCUUGCUUUUUAGUCAGGGUGGAUUACACAUACUGAGCAUUAUGAGUUACUUCAUUGUCUAGUCAGAUCAAGUGUGUUUUAGGUCGCAAAUGCAAUGCCAAGACUACCACACAACACCAUGAGUUGUUUCUGCCAUUUUAAUGGCAAUACUUUUCAAAACUUUUUGUAAAAUAAAAUGCCACUUGUAUGAAA